CUCACCAACACCAUUUGCAAAACUUGACAAACACCACACUCAAAAACUCCAAAUCCAUUGGAUGAAUCACAUAAAAUCGAUCAAAACCCCCUUUUUCAUCGUCGUCUUCUUCAUCUUGUUCGUUUUCGAUGCUUUUGCGCAACCAAAUUCAACCCAUUCUGCUCCCGAUAUCGUGCAUCCUGUGCAUUCCAGCGUUGUUAUCAUCAUCGGCAUCCUAUGCGCUGUGUUUUCUUUAACCUUUCUCAUACUCGCGUGUUUGAAAUUCUGCAACUCGGAUGAAACUACUCUCCAACCCGCUCACGGGAUUCUUAGCUCGAGAUCACGGUUUUCUGGAAUCGACAAGAAAACAAUCGAAUCUUUACCCUUUUUCCGAUUCUCAUCUCUUAAAGGAUCGAAAGAAGGGCUAGAAUGUGUCGUGUGCUUGUCGAAAUUCGAAGAUUCCGAGGUUUUAAGGUUGUUGCCUAGGUGUAGGCACGCAUUUCAUAUGAAUUGUAUCGAUAAAUGGCUCGAAAGUCACUCGAGUUGCCCUCUUUGUCGGUAUAAAUUCGAUGUGUCGGAUGUCACGAAUAUCGUUUGCACGAAUAGUUUGCGGUAUCCUCAAGACGACGGUUUGAAUAAUCUUGAAAUCUUCGUUAGAAGGGAGCACGACGGGUCUUCUAGAUCCUCGAGGUUUAGUAUCGGAAAUAGUUUUAGGAAAUUCAUGAAGAGUCCGAAAGAAGACGUCUUGAUUCAAUACGGCGAUCGAAGAUUAUUGGAUAAGUUCAAACAUAGGAUAAUUGUAUCCGAUAUUGUUGGCAAGAGCCGAUGGAGCGAUGUGAAUUCCUCCGACUUAAUGUUGUUGAACUCGAAGAUGCUUAACGAGGUGUCGAGCAAGCGUUUUUCGCCUUCGAGCAGUGGGAGAAUCGAAAUAGAUAUUGAACAGGUAACAAAGUUUAAGGAGGAUAUGGGAAGACGAAGGUUGUACGACUUGAAGGUCGGUAAAACCGCGGAUAGCGGCGAAACGUCGAUUUCGAAUUCGCAAUUUCCGAGGCUCACGAAAGACGAGGAGUCCGAAGGCAUGGAGAAAAGAUCGAUGUCAGAGAUUACAAACGUGUCGAGAUUUAGAGAAAGUAGAAGUUCAUAUUGGACGAGUAGUCAGAAAGACGAGCGGUUACAGAGCGUAUGGUUGCCGAUGGCGAAACGGACCAUUCAAUGGUUCACAAACCGGGAGCGAAAUUCCUUCGAAUCGAGAACUUGACGAUGCCCGAAGCUCGUAGCGGCCUGAUUGGGUUUUAUCGUUCGAUAUUUCAUUUUACGUGCUCAAUUUAUACCGUGUGAUUAGAAACACAAACGUGAUAAAUGUCUCUAAUUUGCUUCUUGUGAAAAAAAAAA